UAUGAAAAUACAAAGCUCCUUAAAUCCACUUGAGCUCUCCCACCUUUCACCUUCCCCCUCCUCUCCCUUCGCUCCCAAACCCUUCAUGUACUUGUUUAAGCUCUUGAAGACACGUCGUUUCGGUGUGGAUGGGCGGCGCCGCCGGCCACGACAACUCUCUCCCACCACCAGACGAUGCCGCUCCGGCGGAGGAUAUUAAUAAUAAUAACCAUAUCAUUACUAGUAACAUUAAUGGUCAUCACAACAACAACAACUACUCCUCUUCUUCUUCCUCCACCUCAUUGUUACUAGUGCCACUCGCGCACGCGCCGAUUCUCCUCCUGGUUUACUUCCACAAGGCUUUUCGUGCGGAGGUGGCCGAUCUCCAACGCGUCGUGUCCGGCGCGUUGGAGCACGGCAUCAGUACGCGCCGCGGCUUCGUGGUUGAGCUGUUGUGGCGGUUCGAGUUCCUUAAGCUGGCGUGUAAGUACCACUGUGCGGCGGAGGACGAGGUGAUCUUUCUGGCUCUGGAUGUUCAUGUGAAGAAUGUGGCGUGCGCUUACUCGUUGGAGCACAAGAGCAUCGACGGCCUCUUCGAUUCGAUUUUCAACCGCUUGAAUGCGAUCUUAACUGAGGACGAAAAUAAUGAUAAUGAUCAUCGUCAAAACGACGACGUUAAUGGUUCGAUGAUUAUGAUGAAGCCGUUUCAAGAGCUUGUGUUCUGUAUUGGCACCAUUCAAACCUUCAUUUCAAAUCAUAUGCUCAAAGAAGAAGAACAGAUAUUCCCUUUGCUCAUGGAGCAUAUAUCUGUUAAGGAACAAGCAUCUCUGGUUUGGAAGUUCUUGUGCAGUGUUCCCAUAGUACUAAUGGAGGACAUGUUGCCAUGGACCCUCUCCUUUCUUUCACCCCAAGAAAAAGUUGAAGUUGAAAAUUGUUUAAAAGAUAUUGUACCAGAAGAAAAAUCACUACAUGAGGUAGUACUUUCUUGGCUUGGUGGUAAUAGCCACCCGUUAUUGGAAGUUCAUUCAUCUUCUGGUGGAUCUGCAGACACGAGAAUAUUACUCAAGCCAUACUCAUGUAGAAGAUAUCUUAUAGAAAAUUGGAGGGCACCAACAUUAUUAAUCCAUAAUGAUAUUGGACAUAAUCCAGUUGAUGGUCUCCAUCUUUGGCAUGGGGCCAUAAGGAAAGAUUUGAUAAAGCUACUUGAAGAGCUUUAUCAAUCAAGAAGCUUAAGCGACUAUUCCGAACUUGACAGAAUAGUUGUGCAAUUAAAAUUCCUUUCUGAUAUUAUAACAUUUUACAACACUGCAUUAGAAAAGCUAUUCUGCCCUGUGUUGAACCAACUUAUCCAAGGCUCUAUGUCCUCCACUGAAGGAUUCCCCAAUGAGAGUCACAUUGAAGGUUUACAGAUGUUGCUGUACUACAGUGCUCAAAGUGAUAAAACUUUGAGCAAAUUUACUGAGAAGCUUUGCUGGGAACUCGAAUCCUUUGUGGUGGAAAUCAGCAAGCAAUUUGAGUUUCAUGAAGCAGAGGUAUUUCCUAUCAUUAGCAAGAACUGUAGCCAUGAGAUGCAGCAGCAGCUUCUGUAUGUGAGUGUUCAUAUGAUGCCAUUGGGGUUGCUGAAGUGUGUGAUCACUUGGUUUUCAUCUCACUUAUGUGAGGAUGAAUCCAGAUCAAUUCUUAACAAGAUCAAGCAAGGAGAUGCUUUCAUCCAUGACUCUUUUUCUUCACUCUUGCAUGAGUGGUUUCGCACUGGUUGUUCGGGUAAAAUCUCCGUUGAAAACUUCGGAAAGAACCUGCAGCAAAUGUUCAAGAGCAAGUUCUCUUUCUUAUCUGAUCAAGUCAAGGAUGCUGCUGGAUCUUCAUCAUUGCAAUCCGAUAAUAAGAAAUCUUUCACAGAAUCUGAGCCUAGAGUUAAGAUACUGAACUCUGUCAUAAAGGGCAAGAGCUCUUUGUCAUCAUCUUUUGACUCACAUAAUACUAGAAAGUAUGAGACAUCAUACUCAAGUGUCAUAAAUCUUCAUAUAUAUUUCCCAGAAAAGAUAAAGACAUUUCAACCCUCUUCUGGAGAAAACCAUUCUGGUUCUGUUCUCAAUGACCCUAAACCAGUGGACUUCAUAUAUCUGUUCCACAAGGCUCUCAAGAUAGAUUUGCAGAACCUUCUUUACAGUUCAGCUCAUUUAGCUGAAAAUCCUGGGUUUCUUGGAGACUUUUGCAGGCACUUUCGACUAAUACAAUUUUUGUAUCAAAUCCAUAGUGAUGCAGAAGAUGAGGUUGCCUUUCCAGCUUUGGAGGCCAUGGGAAAAUUCACAAACAUUAGCCACUCUUACAGCAUGGACCACAAAUUGGAAGUUGAUCAUUUUGGACGGGUCUCCUUUAUUCUUGAGAAGUUGACUGAAUUGAAUGUUUCAAUUUCUAAGGACAGCUCAAACAUGGAUCAGAUUAUGAGGAAACAUUAUCAGCUAUGCAUGAAUCUCCAUGAUACGUGCAAGUCAUUGCAUAAAAUGUUGUCUGACCACAUUCAUCGCGAAGAGCAAGAAGUUUGGCCUUUGUUCAGAGAGUGCUUUUCCUUAAAGGAGCAAGAAAAGAUCAUAGGAUGCAUUUUAGGAAGAACAAAUGCUGAAAUUCUACAAGACAUGAUCCCUUGGUUAAUGGGAUCAUUGACACAAGAAGAGCAGCAUACCAUGAUGUCCAUUUGGCGCCAAGUCACUAGAAAUACCAUGUUCGAUGAAUGGUUGAGAGAAUGGUGGGAGGGGUAUGACAUGUCUGAAGUCGUAGAGGAGUCAAUCGUGGUGCCUUCAACAGUGGUUGCUGAUCCCUUGGAGGUUGUCUACCCUUAUCUUUGUGAAGCUACUGAACAAGAAGGAAAACUCAGUAGCAAAAACAGGCAGAUUAUGGAGAAAGAUUGUAUUGGUGAUACUGUCAAGCAAAUGGGGGAAUGUAAUGUGGAUGAUAAAACAAAGGAUUCUGAAUUAUAUGACCCCAGUAACUUAGAAUACAGAGGUUGGGAUGAGAAGAAGAGAAUGCAAUAUGAGACUGAGAAUGUGACAUGUGAAAUAAAACCUGGUCAAUUUUUCCAAGCUGCCCAGAAAUCUAAGUACUAUGAUUUACUUCUGAAAAUGAAUCAAGAGGACUUGGAGGCUGCUAUUAGAAGAGUUUCAGGGGACUCUUCCUUGGAUUCUCAGAAUAAAUCAUACAUAAUUCAGCACCUGCUGGUGAGCCGGUGGAUUGUGAAGCAGCAACAUUCUCUUCUAAUUCCCUCAUUUGAUCAUGAACAAGAGUUCCCAGGUCAGCAUCCUUCCUAUAGGGACCCACUCAAAUUGAGCUAUGGCUGCAAACACUACAAGAGGAAUUGCAAGCUUGUUGCCCCUUGUUGCAACCAGCUACACACCUGCUUGCGCUGCCAUGAUGAAAUCACUGACCAUGUAAUAGAUAGGAAAUCUGUAACAGAAAUGAUGUGCAUGCAAUGCUUGAAAAUUCAACCCAUAGGUCCCACAUGCUCAACAGUGUCCUGCAGUAAAUUCUCCAUGGCAAAAUACUUUUGCAGGAUUUGCAAAAUAUUUGAUGAUGAACGGGAAAUCUACCAUUGCCCAUAUUGUAACCUAUGUAGAAUUGGUAAGGGAUUGGGCAUUGACUACUACCAUUGCAUGAACUGCAAUGCUUGCAUGUCAAGAACACUGUUGGUGCAUAUAUGCAGAGAGAAGAGUUUUAUGGAUAACUGUCCCAUUUGCCAUGAGGACAUCUUCACUUCCAAUUUUCCGGUGAAGGCCCUCCAAUGUGGCCAUUUGAUGCAUUCCAAAUGUUUUGAGGCCUACACAUGUACAAAUUAUACUUGCCCAAUUUGCGGAAAAUCACUAGGAGACAUGCAGGUGUAUUUUAAAAUGUUAGAUGCCUUAUUGGCUGAAGAGAAAAUCCCAGAGGAAUACUCAGGUCAAACUCAGGUCAUACUAUGCAAUGACUGUGAGAAGAGAGGAGAAGCUCCCUUUCAUUGGCUCUACCAUAAAUGCUCAUUUUGUGCCUCAUACAACACCAGGCUCUUCUGAGUCUGUCUGUCACCCUUCUUUACUUAGUCUGAAUAAUUCACUUCAAUAUUGAAGCUACAAAGGUGUAAAUUAAGCAGCUUGUACAAUAAUUAAAAUUUCUUUACUUGUAGUAAUUGGCCAUUGGACACUACAUAUAUGUUUGAAUAAUUUUAGUUGCGUGUAAAAAGCAUAAGAAACAUUUUUUUUUUCUCUUUCCACUUCGAUUGUAAUAUUAUUCAUUGUUUAGAGAGCCAUGACAGUUCAUUCUUUAUUAAUUCAAGGCC